GCUGAAGACGUUCCUGUUCUUUGCAGGCUGCUGGUCUGUGGUUGCUGCUUUCCGCAAGAUGUCCUCCGUAGAUUCUGAGCGUCGUUCCCUACAACCUUCACCUUCCCAACGAGUAUCCUCACCGCCCUCCUCACCUAUGAGAUCACCUCAUAGAUCGGCCAGUGGUCGCGCCGGGUUGAGCGCCGCUCAGUUGGAGGCGGAAGGAGAUGCUGCUAACGGGGAUAAGCCAAGGCCACCAUCAAAAAAGCCGAAAGCAAACCACUGGGCUAGAGACGUGAGCGCGUACGACAUCCUUGAGCCGAUCGGAGAGGGCACCUACGGCAAGGUAUGGAAAGCGAAAGAGCCGGGCUGCGACAUCGUCGUCGCAUUGAAGAUGAUUAAGGCUACCGAUAAAGAAGGCAACUCUUGCGAUGGCGGAUUUCCCAUUACUUCCAUCCGGGAAAUACGUAUUUUGCGAACCCUCACGCAUGACAACAUCGUGGAACUUCUGGAGGUGGUCACGGAUUCGCACGGCAAAGUUGAAGAUGGCAAGCAAGGUGACGUCUACAUGGCGUUUGAGUAUUUGGAGUACGACCUAUGGGCUCUCGCAAAUAGCUCCCAGGUAAAACUCACCGCCACUCACAUCAAGACCUACAUGAAGCAGAUGCUGGACGCCAUCGCCUACAUGCACACUAACAAGGUUAUGCAUCGGGACCUCAAACUGGCCAACAUGCUCAUCGGUGCAGAUGGCAUUCUCAAGGUUGGCGACUGGGGACUGGCCCGUUCGUUCCACGACAACCAGACGAAGCACACCCCCACCGUCAUUACCCUUUGGUACAGACCUCCGGAGGUUUUGCUACGCACCACCAGGUAUGGCCCUGCGGUGGAUAUGUGGUCUGUCGGGUGUAUCCUUGCCGAGCUCCUGUACGAGAGCCCGAUUCUACCAGGAACACAUGAGAAGGAGCAGCUGAACUUGAUAUAUUCGCUGUGUGGCACGCCGACGGAUGAGUCAUGGCCAGAUCGCACGGAGUUGCCGGAUUGGUCCCUAUAUGCCAAGGCUGCGGAAGAGCACAAACCAAGGUCUAUUCAAUCGAAAUUUAGAUUCGACCGAUUGGGUGUGGAUUUGGUGGACAAGCUUCUCACCCUCGAUCCUUCAAAGCGAUUAUCAGCGGCAGAGGCCUUAGACCACCCUUACUUCUGGCAUGAUCCUCGCGUGGUCCAGCCAUCAGAGCUAUCAAAGUUCGCCAUACACUCGUGUCACGAAUUUGAGGUCAAGAAGGUGAAGGAGAAGGAGCGACUAAGGCGGAAAGAGGCGGAGGCAAAAGUCCAAGAGGUCAGGGCAGCGGCAGCCAAUCGACCCUCGGAAGCUGAUGCAAAGCCUAGCGACAGGUGGUGACAGCGCUCCAUGUGCUUGCUUACUUACUCUCGGGGACGAAGCUGACGCCGUCGACGGAAGCCGACUCGAGAGACAACGCGGCUGUUGCUGGCUGCUUCAAAAGCAGCUGGACCCGGGGUGUAUGGACAAUGAGAGGAACUGUGAAUUACACGGGAGUGGCAACGACUUGUAGAGGGACGGUUUGCUCUGGUGAAUCCCUGCUGUCAGUGAAGAAGACAGACACAUCGCAGCACGCGAGCGUGACCCAGUUCAAGACCGAGAUCGGGGUAGUUGUAACAAGAAUAAGGACAGGAGAGCGAGCGAUAGAUAGGCUUCUCACGUUUUUCCGUCCAUCCACCAUCUAUCCACACGUAGAAAAUAGACCUGUUACUCCUCACUCAGUUUUUUUGACAGACUGGCCUCUACCCAAGCCAGUUGCGUUCAAAUCAGAUGCAUUCUCUCACACGGUGCAUCUUUGUCC